CUAACAAUAUCAAGACCUGUUUCCGGCAAACGUGAAAUUGCCGCAAGUUUCAACGCGACGGUAAAUAAAUAAGAAUUUUGUCAAAAUGAAGAUCGAAGAAGUUAAAAGUACCACGAAGACUCAAAGAAUAGCAACACAUAGUCACAUUAAAGGCUUAGGAUUAGAUGAAAAUGGUUAUGCUAUUCAAAGUGCAGCCGGUCUUGUCGGUCAAGAAUUGGCAAGAGAGGCUGCAGGUAUUGUGGUUGAGAUGAUAAGAUCAAAGAAAAUGGCAGGACGUGCUGUAUUGUUAGCAGGACCUCCAGGAACAGGCAAGGUUUGCCAUGCAUUGGUUUUAGCUCAAAAAAUUUGGGCCAGAAAAUUUUCCAUUUGCCCAAGGGGUAGGUAGUGAAUUUACUCACAUGAGAUCAAAAAGACAGAAGUUCUGAUGGAGAAUUUUAGGAGAGCUAUAGGUUUAAGGAUCAAAGAAACAAAAGAAGUUUAUGAGGGGGAAGUUACAGAAUUAACACCUGUUGAGACAGAAAAUCCAAUGGGAGGCUAUGGGAAAACAGUCAGUCAUGUAAUCAUUGGUUUAAAGACAGCAAAAGGAACAAAACAGUUAAAACUGGAUCCAUCAAUAUAUGAAAGUUUACAGAAAGAGAAAGUCGAGACUGGGGAUGUAAUAUACAUUGAGGCAAACAGUGGAGCAGUCAAGAGACAAGGUAGAUCUGAUAGUUUUGCUACAGAGUUUGAUCUGGAAGCCGAGGAGUAUGUUCCUCUACCUAAAGGAGAUGUACAUAAAAAGAAAGAAAUUAUACAAGAUGUAACAUUACAUGAUCUCGAUAUAGCUAAUGCUAGACCACAGGGAGGUCAGGAUAUUAUGUCUAUGAUGGGUCAGUUAAUGAAGCCAAAGAAAACAGAAAUUACAGAUAAAUUAAGAAAGGAGAUCAACAAGGUGGUGAACAAAUAUAUAGAUCAAGGUAUAGCUGAGCUUGUACCAGGUGUAUUAUUUAUUGAUGAGGUUCACAUGUUGGAUAUUGAAUGUUUCACCUACCUCCACAGAGCUCUUGAAUCAUCUAUAGCACCCAUUGUCAUAUUUGCUACAAACAGAGGCAAAUGUACCAUCAAAGGAACGGAGGAUAUUGUCUCACCACAUGGAAUGCCAUUAGAUCUGUUAGACAGGGUGAUGAUUGUACGAACACUUCCUUACUCUCAGGAGGAAAUGACACAGAUCUUGAAGUUAAGAGCACAGACAGAAAGUAUCCAGGUAGAUGAUGAAUCUCUAAAUCAGCUUGGACAGAUUGGUACCACCACAACGCUCAGAUAUGCUGUACAGCUGCUCACCCCAGCUAACUUAUUGUCAAAAAUUAAUGGACGAGAUACCAUCGGAAAAGAUGAAAUAGAAGAGACAAAUAAACUUUUCUUUGAUGCAAAAUCCUCCGCAAAAAUUUUGGCCGAACAAGAAGAUAAAUAUAUGAAAUGAAGUGUUUGUGACAGAACUAAAAUAACUUUGUUUUAUUGGGUAACGAAUAACAAGCAAUUUCAGACCAGUUAUACAUUAGCAGUAUUGCUACAAAAGUUUCUUUAAUUCUAAAAAUAUUUCAUCAGUCAGUGGCUAGAGUGUACAGACUGGCCAGUAAAAAAAUCGGUUUUGAGACCUAGGUAUUGAACUCAGUUAUAGUUAGAAUGAAGAAAAAGAGUUAAUAUUUAGAAUGAAGAAAAAAAGAAUUGAAGCUCUUCACUGCUUAUUUUAGUGUUAUAUGCAACAGUUUUACACUUCUAUAACACAGUUAAUACAUCAGUGAUGCUAAGGUACAGAACUUAUUUGUUAAAUACAAAAACAAGACAAGGUGGUAUAUUUGUAUAUUUCAUAUUUUUGUACUUGUUGGUAUCAUGUUUUCCGUAAUUUUCUGUACUUCAGAAAAUAAUGAUUCAUGAAAGUGUUGCAUGUUGCUUUUACAAAUAUAAAGUUGUCCUUUGAAUGUAUAAAAAGUCUUGUUAAUGAGUUUCAUCAGCUAUCACACACACAAACAAGUCAAUAAUUAAACUAUGAAAUAAUCUUUGUUUACCAUCCAUAUCAUUUGUGUGUCAUUAUUAAAUAUAUGUUCUUACAUGUUACGUGACAUCAGAUGUUUAAAUUUCUUUUUUUUCUAAAAUAUCAGUUGUAAAUUUACAAUCAUUAAAAUGGUUUAUAAAUUUAA